GCUUUAGGAGGCAGGAAUUCACGGUGCUAUAAAGCCCAACCAGGAAUUGCUAGACAUCUCUCCCAAGGGUUGUGAACUGCUAGCUUUCUGCUCGCUCCUCCAGAAAUGCAGCGGCUGCUGACUCCAGUGAGGCAAGUCCUGCGAGUGAAGAGGGUGAUUCGGGAAGUGUCCCUCACCCCUGUGCACCUGCUCCCUGCAGCCCACCAGAGAUUUUCUACAGUCUCUGCUGCCCCACUGGCCAAAACAGAUACUUGGCCAAAAGAUGUGGGCAUCCUUGACCUGGAGGUCUAUUUCCCAGCCCAAUAUGUAGACCAAACGGACCUGGAGAAGUACAACAAUGUGGAGGCAGGGAAGUACACAGUGGGCUUGGGUCAGACCCAAAUGGGCUUCUGCUCAGUCCAGGAGGACAUCAACUCCCUGUGUCUGACAGUGGUGCAACGGCUGAUGGAGCGCACACGGCUGCCAUGGGACUCUGUGGGCAGGCUGGAAGUGGGCACCGAGACCAUCAUCGACAAGUCCAAGGCUGUCAAAACAGUGCUCAUGGAACUCUUCCAAGAUUCAGGCAACACUGACAUCGAGGGCAUAGAUACCACCAAUGCCUGCUACGGUGGCACCGCUUCCCUUUUCAAUGCUGCCAACUGGAUGGAGUCCAGCUACUGGGAUGGUCGCUAUGCACUGGUGGUCUGUGGAGACAUUGCAGUGUACCCCAAUGGCAACGCACGUCCCACAGGUGGCGCUGGAGCUGUGGCCAUGCUGAUUGGGCCUAACGCCCCUCUAGCCCUGGAGCAAGGACUUAGGGGCACCCACAUGGAGAAUGCCUAUGACUUCUACAAACCCAAUUUGGCUUCAGAGUACCCGUUGGUGGAUGGCAAGCUCUCCAUCCAGUGUUACUUUCGGGCCUUGGAUAAGUGCUAUGCAUCGUACCGCCGAAAAAUCCAGAAUCAAUGGAAGCAAGAUGGCGUUGACCGGCCUUUCACUCUUGAUGAUAUACAGUAUAUGAUCUUUCAUACACCCUUUUGCAAGAUGGUUCAGAAAUCUCUGGGUCGCCUGAUGUUCAGUGACUUCCUGUCAUCUAGCAGUGACACACGGAACACCUCAUACAAAGGGCUGGAGGCCUUCAGGAACCUAAAGCUGGAAGAUACCUACACCAACAAGGACGUGGAUAAAGCCCUUCUGAAAGCCUCCCUGGACACGUUCAACAAGAAGACCAGGGCCUCCCUCUACCUCUCCACGCACAAUGGCAACAUGUACACCUCAUCUCUAUAUGGCUGUCUGGCCUCGCUUCUGGCACAUCACUCUGCUCAAGACUUGGCUGGCUCCAGGAUUGGUGCCUUCUCCUAUGGUUCUGGCUUAGCAGCAAGUUUGUUUUCAUUUCGAGUGUCCAAGGAUGCUUCUCCUGGGUCCCCACUGGAGAAGCUGGUAUCUAGUGUAUCAGACCUGCCACAACGUCUGGCCUCCAGGAGGCGUAUGUCUCCUGAAGAAUUCACAGAAGUAAUGAACCAAAGAGAGCAGUUCUACCACAAAUCAAACUUCUCACCACCUGGUGAUAUAAACAAUCUUUUCCCGGGAACUUGGUAUCUUGAGCGAGUAGAUGAGAUGCAUCGCCGGAAGUAUGCCCGGCGUCCUGUCUAAGAGUGAUCCAUAAAGCAACUCCUGUGGAAGAGCACUAGCAGAGCCUCUGCCUAUGAAUCAUGUUUAAAAUACUGCCCUUGUCUGUUAAAUGAAUUUGACCUUAGCCAUAGAUUCCAUAAACACUGGCCCUGAAUAUGAUGAUUGAAGCUCCUCUGAGGAAAAAAACAAACAACCAACCAACAACAACAACAAAAAACCAACAAAACAGCCACAGCUCUUUUGGAGAAAAAUGGUUGAAACUCCUCUGAAGAAAAGCAGUUGCAGUGAAGCUCCUCCAAAGAAGAUCAGCUGAAGUCCUUCAUGCUUAUUCUCCUUUUUAUACUGUUCUGAUGACAAUCUUCUUUAAAGUGGAUUUUCCACACCUAGAACCAUGCUGACUCAAUUGAGCUGGGCGUGCCCAUUCACACUGACAAUUAAUCAGUUGACCCCACAGUCCACCCCUUGUCAAGUUGAUAAUGAGACAGAUUUCCUUAAACUAGUAGACCAUCUGGACCAUCUAUCUACUCUUCCAGUAGAUUUAUAGAAUUAACAUAUCUUGAUCUGUUAAGACUUACAUUAAUAUAACAAUUAUACAGUUCUUAUUGCACUUAUUUCACACCAGGAACAAAUAUUCAAGGGAUUCUAAAAAUUCAAAAUUAAAACCAUAAUUAUUGACUAAGUGGCCUGAUUACAAAUAGAUGACUAAAAACUAUGAAUGUACAUGCUUCAUGACUCCCUUAUAUGUCUGUUACUUUACUCAAAAAUCUUAAAAAUGCAUUUAACACUAACCAAUGAUUCAAAUGCCAAAAAGUAAAUAAAAACUAUGCCCACAAGUAAAAAAUUAAUAAUUUGACUACAAAGUGUAAUAUACCAUUAUAGUGCAUUCACAUUAAAAAUGUGACUUCUCAAGUUUUGAAACAUCCAUGGCUCUCAUUUAAGUACAUGGUUUAAAAUUUAGUUGUAUUGCAUAACUUAAGAAAUCUGUGUAAUAAAGCCUAGGCACUUAAUAUAACACAGGUUUAAUAAUACUUAAAAAACAUACAUAUUAACAUUAUAUCAUGUUAAAAUCAUAUUAAGGGAGAGCUAAAAAAAUCACAAUCUUCAUUUCUGUAGCUGAUCACAGGGCUAUUUAGAACUACCUUUCUCUACUACCCAUUCUGUAUUUCUUCAGCGAGUGCCUUAGCAGGUCUUGGUUCUUUCCCUUGUGGGCCAACUAAUAGUCUCAUUCCUGAAGGUUCUGGACCAUCUAUCACUCUGCCUACACUGGGUUGUUGUACUUUGGAAAUACCAGAAGGUACCCCAAGGGUUACCCUAUACUCUGAGUAUAUUCCUUUUUUCCUCCAUUGUGGAGCAGUAGUCCUGUUUCCCCUUGAUAAUCUGGGUCCCUUUGAUAGCCUGCCAACAUUGUGACUCCUUUUUUAGCUUGUUUCCUUGGAGCAUUAGGAGACCAAAAUGACUAGGGAAGUUAUAGCAUCUAAUUUAAUGGCAUCAUUAUUGUAGUUCUGGUACAAACCUUCACCACUCUGGAAGUAAGUAUUCUAAACCAUCAGAACAUAAAUUUGCAGGAACCUGAACUAAAAACUUUGCUAGCAGAUCACUAAGGGUAAUAGUGAGUGGUACAAUUUCCACUUCUACCCCUUGAUUUCUGGACUGUACUAGAUAUCUUGGCUAUGUGAGAUACAGCACAAUAUAGUUGGUUCUGGUUCAGAUGGUAUCCAGUCCUCUGAAGAACCUUGUUUCAGCUCUGCAAGCUACUGAUACCUAGUUGACUGAUACCUAUACCUAUACCUAUAAUGAUACCUAUACCUAUAAUUGUGUCUUCAAAAGAUCAUUUCCCCUUUCUUAUCAGUCUAGUCACUUCUGGAUGGUGAGCUACAUGGUAAGACCAGUGAAUUCCAUGAGCAUGAGCCCAUUGCCUCACUUUUUUGUCCAUAAAGUGUGUUCCUUGGUCACAGACAAUAUUAUUUGGAAUUCUAUGAUAGAGAAUAAAGCAUUCUGUGAGUCCA